GAGGAGGAGUCAAACAUACUACUGCCUUCUUUGAAAGACGCGCUCUCCGAGAUCCAACAGUGUAACCAUAGGUCUGUAGUAAUCUGGGGCCAUGGCGAUGACGUCCAGGUACCACACCAAAAGCAAACCUCCUCCCAGCUGCUGCGUUUUCUCAAAGAAAAGGCUAAAAACAACGGUUCACUUGAGGUCACUGUUUUUGCAUGUGCUAAAAGCAAACACAUGGCAAACAAUUCAGAUUCUCCCACGCGGCCUUCACCUACUAUCAAAACAAGAAGCGACCAAGUCGAACAUGUUUUGACAGAUGAGCGAGCUCCUGAAACGUUGCACGCAAACGUUCACCAAGCUCCAGUUUUCAGAGUGAAAAGAGUCGACUCGCACAGAUCUUUGAUCUACAGCUGUGUAAUCGCUACAGAAACGGAAUUAUGGGACGUGGGAGACAUCUUCACAGAUGCUUUUCUGAAGGACUCUGUUCAUUUUAGUACUUUGGAAAGUGAAAAAUGCCAAACUGCGUUAGCUGAGUUGGAUAAGUCUGAACCUUUAACAUUAAAACCCCAAACUCUGCAGUCCACUCAGCCAGGACUGGAGAACUGCUCGAGGGACUCGGAUAGGCUGGCAGAUAAAUCGGUAGACAUUCCUGAAUUUGAAAUCCGGAAGUUUGAAGAGUCUGAAGUGGUUGUGUCUCAUGUUGUCAGUCCUAGUGACUUCUACAUCCAACUUGCUGACUCCCCUAAGAAACUGGAGGCUCUUUUUACAGACCAAGCAGCCAGUCGUUCAUAUGCUGAACAAAAAUGCAUUCCAGACAUUGGAGCCCAGGUCAUCUGCUGGUUUCCUAAAAAUGAGCAGUGGUGUCGAGCUCAGGUGGUGAGGAUCUCCGGAGUGAGUAGAAAUGGGGCUGGCAGAAAUCCAUCCAUAAAUGUGGAGGUGAAACGGUUGGACUAUGGUGACACUUCCUGUGUGCCGCUCUGUCAUAUUAAGCAGCUCUCUCCAGAAAUGGCUGUGCUGCCACUUCAGGCUCUGCAGGUUUCUCUGGCUCAUGUGAGGCCAGUUAAUGGCAGAGAUUGGACCGAGGAGGCGGUAGAUUGGUUCAAAGCGAUGGUGCAUGGCAGGACGCUCUAUGCAAGACUUUACCCACAGGGGCUCGCUGUUUCAGUCGAGCUGUUCCUGGAAAGAGGAAAACUUGGAGCUAUGAGGAGGGGUGCAUCUCUUUCUCAAAGAUUAGCUCACAAUGGACAUGCAAAGCAUAAACUGAAGAACAACGGUGUAGUGAGAAAGAGUGCUGUUCAGCUGGGAAAAAAGGAGCAAGAGUCUCAAUGGGAGAAAUAUCUUAUAUCAUGCUACUCUCAAAACAAGAAGUGAGCUCUGCAAGCUGUACAUGGCCGAGUCUGUACAGUAAAGUAGUGGAAUAAAUCAUUUACAGUCGGUCAUGUAGCAAAGAGACACUUUUAAUCCACUUUGUCUGCAACUUUUUGGUUUUGAUCGACCAUAUCUGCCCUUAAACCUAUUUUAACUUGGGGCUCAACCCUUUUUUGGUUUUUGUUACUAUGUUUAAAAGUUGGUAGAAUAACAUAUAGAAGUGUGAUUAGUCUUUAAAUUUAAGAUAUGCUUUGUUUAUAAAUGUCAUUGCUGUCUUUAAAUUAUAUAUUUUCUUCUGUACAUUUAGUUUAUUUGGUUUUGUAAAGACUCUUCUGCAAGUGUAAUAUUUUAUAUAUUAAUUCUGUAUUUCCUUUCUUGCUUCUUGAAAUGGGGCGCCUUCCCAGAUAUUCCCACCAUCUCGUCUGCCUUUUUAAAUUGGUAGUAUGGAUCUGAUUAAGCUGUAAAAGGAGUAAAAUUCGAAACUAACUUAUUUUUGUUACUGCAUGAGUGCUUCGAAAAAGUUUUUUGUUUGUUUUGAACUUAAAAGUUAAAGUUCUAAAAGUAUAGACCCAGCUUUAAAAGUUUUAAACUUUCCAUGUAAAUGUUCUUAAAACCCAAUUCAUCAUAAAAAUGUGCGUUCCCUUUCUCCAACUCUGACCAAUCAGUACAGGUACGCAUAUAUUGGAGGGACUAACAGAUUGACUAAUGUGGGGAACUGAAGCUCGAUCUUAUUUCUUUCAAGAAAUUUCUCACUUCAUAUGAAAGUAAUUUACUUUAUGAAAUAAGAAGCUGCAGAGUAUAUGAAUCUGCGCUGCUGA